UCAUAAAUACAUCAUGAUUUCGACUCGUCGAUUGCUGUGCGUUCCCGUGUGUAUAAUACUAUUUUGCAAGAGAUAUUAAUCUUCAUAUCUCUGAUCAUUUAAUCGCAAUUUAAUUGCGAAAGACAAUCGCCCGUUUGUUCGCAUCGAUCUGCGUUGCAUCCAAUUGCAUUGCAUUAUAUUCACCAGUGACUGUAGACUACUGACAAUCAAAGCCGGUGCAAUCUCGAACAUUUUCACGCAUUGACAUCGAAAUCUAACCACUGCAAAACUCAUCUUACGUCCACCUACGAUUGUUCGCAGAUCGUCGGACAUUGCGAUCAAAAACAUCUGGAAAAUUCGAUAUUGAUCCAACAGAAUGUUUUCCAAAAGACCGAAGCAAUUAACUGUGUUGAUAAAUUGGCCACGGAAUAAUGUCUGUGUGAGAUACAUCUAGAGAGAACAACUUGCAAUUGGGAAGACGUAUCGCUGAUUGGGAUCUUAAUAUUCGCAAAGAUGGAUAAUUUACUGAACAAAUUGGAGGUGUUGAAGAUCAGGAGUAAUUUCUGCGAGGAUGAUUCAUGGGCACUGUGUAUAGAUUUGAUUCAGAAGAGUUUUGCACCUCAGAGAACAGUUGGAAUGGAACGUCCCUGUGAGGAGAAGGACUUCAGAGAGUACAGGCUUGUCGUGGAGAGAAAUCUACAUAGCGUCAGGUCAAUGCUGCAACAUAUCUUAAACACUUGUAGAGAGAACAAUUUGCAGCUAAACAAUAUCACAGGGAUGACCUUUGGCAUGAAUCUACUGUUACUCAUUGGAGAACAUAGCGAGAAGAAUAUUUGGAACACAGCCGAGUGUGUCUCUAUUUCCAAAGAAUUGCUCACUGAUUUCUGUGACUUGUACGCCUGUCAAAGUAUAUCUCGAUUCUUGAUGGAACAGGAGAAUUUAAGUAACUUGUUGUUAAUGUUAAGACCUAAAUUAUUGAAAGAUACUUGGAAGACUUAUCCAUCAGCUGUUGCGUGUUACAGAUGGAUUUUACAAGAAGCUGAAAAACCGGGUUUAUUUAACAACAUUGGAGAUAUCUUGCCCACUGCACUAAUCAUCCUCGAUGACUAUUUUCCUGACAAUGUAGUAAUAGGCCUGGAAUGUAUAUAUCAAAUUAUACAGCAUUCUUACAUGAAAAAGGGAUUGAUAGAUACUGGCUACGCUAAGGUAAUCUAUCACGCUCUGGAACGUUUGACUCAUCAGAAGGAAGUGAGAUACAUUAUGCCUCUGUACUCCUGCAUGGCCAGUCUUCUAGCUACCACGGAACAUUGGGAUAAUACCAUAAAUCUGUUUGAAUGGACAACGCGCGACGACGUUCUCCUGACUUUAAUAGACAACAUGGAAUUCGAGCAGAAUAUUGAAUUACGACACGCGUAUAUGUUGAGUUUACCUCAACUCAUAACAAACAUAGGCUGUGCCAAAUGGUGCGAGGCGCUCACUCGCGUGCUCACCGAGUAUUGCGAACAUUACACGGAUUUGAGAACAUUGAAGGCAACAUUAGAGAUGGCAAAGACGUUUCUUUUGAUGUUUCGCUUGCGAGUGGCAGCGCACUGUACUCCACUUUACACCGCAUUCUUGAAGCUACAUUUUGACUUGUCCGAGACACCGGUGUUCGAUCGAGCAAUCAUACAAAACCUGGAAGAUUGCAUCUGCAUGUUGCAUCAGCUGUCGCCAAAUGUAGCCUGCGCAAUGAAGAACGACAAUCGAAUGCGUUCGGUGUUCAACGGUAGCCUGCCGCUUGUAAUCCAGGAUGGUGAUAUCAAGUAUUUCGAAUAAUUUACGACGUGCAGUCGCGUAUCAGAAUUGUAUAUAUAAUAUAUUCUCUAUAAUACGUGAAUGCUGAUAGAGAAACAUAUUCUCAUGUAAACUUAUAUAGUACAUCGGUAAACGGAAGCAAUAGGUACUUAGAUAUUUUAUUUGCGAUGUGAGAAUAUCAAUAUACAGUUAUUUAUAAAAUUAAAAUUUUUGUUACAACAUAUUUAUUUCAAUUAUUUGCGAUACACGUAUAAACGCAAGAGAAGAAAAUUAGAAUUUUGUGCGUAUACCUUGCAUAUAUUUAAAAUCUGCGAUAUAUGGUAAAUUUUUCUAAGUAUAUACAAAUUUUUUCUAACUUACAAAUAACUCGAUUGCAAAUGCAGUUGCAGACAGUAAUCUAAUUUAUUCAAUUAAUUAAAAUAUGUCGUCUACCAUGGCAAUUAUAUACAUGUAUAUUAAAUUGUAUAUGUGUUAUUACAUAUAUUAUUUAAAUUAUUAUAAAAUGCGUCAUGUUUAAGGCUGGAUUCAGAGAACUUGUGGAAGCGUACAAAUAAUACAUUUUAAAUAUGUUUUUAUUAA